AUGGGUCAAGCAAUUGUUCUCCUGCUUUUAUUAAAAUACUUUUUACAGGGCUCGGAGUGCCUAGUCUGUGAUCAAGUGAGAAAGCCUUCUAGAGCAGUUUUGUUGGAGUGGAUGGGAUUUCCCAAAGGAGAACAUGCAGAAUAUUACAUUGUAACCUACCAGCUCACAGAUGCUUUCAAUCAAAAAAAUGUAAGAAACAUUUCUGAAGUUGAGCAAAAGCCUAUCAGUACUACAGUUCUGCUGGAGGAAAAUAAGCAUUAUGACAUUACAAUAGAAUCCCUAAAAAAUGGACAAAUUCUAAGUGUAAAGUCAUUCAAGACACGUGGAAUUUCAGAAAAUGACAUCAAAAUACUUGUGACAGCCACUACCAUAUCUUUUAAUUUGAGUGCAAUGACCAAAGGAUUUGCAGUUUCAGUUUCACUGAACAAUACUUCUCGGAUUAUACCAAAAAAUAGUGGAUUCUUUGUCUGGAAUGAUUUGACACCUGGCACCUUAUAUACAUUUGAGUUUAUAUUUUACCAAUUACAUCUUGAAUUUAUUAACGUGUCUCAGUCACUGGAAGUUCAAGCUGAAACAGGCACCUGCUCCAAAGGGUGGCUGGCAUUCCAAAGCAGCUGCUAUAGAAUGAGUAAGGAGAGCAAGCCAUGGAAGGUGGCACAAGAAACAUGUGAAAAUUCUUCACAAGAGGCUCAUCUUCUUGACAUAGGGAGUGAAGAAGAACGUGGUUUUAUUUUAUCUUACCUGCAGUCAGUUAGCCACGUAGUCAUGUUAUGGACAGGUCUUAAUGACUUGAAGGAGGAAGGUCGGCUCUUGUGGACAGAUGGAUCUCAUUAUUCCCUAAAGGCUGAUGUCUCACCUUUGUCGAUGCUACCAGCAAAUGAAACAGACUGCUAUGCCCUUCAGAGAGAUCCCACUGGUCCAGGCUAUUUCUUCACCGGAUUUUUCUGCUUUAUACAGCUACCAUAUAUUUGUGAAUAUGAAUUACCUCUGAUACCAGAAAACUCCAUAUUCACUGUUUCUGAUGUCAAGACAACUGAAGUUGCAUUUAUGUGGAGUUAUAUGGAUAUCUGGCUUAAGUCAGGCUUUGCACUCGUGAUGAAGUACUAUUUUGAUCAUUUGAAACCACACAGCCUGAGCUUGCCUGUGAAUACAACUCAAGUGAAAAUUGUGCAAUUGUGUCCUGGUCUUUGCUAUAAGUUUUUACUAGUGGCAAGGAACCCUGAAGGGGCACAGGCUAUCUUAAGUCCCAUUCUGAAGGUAGAAACAAGGCCAUUGCACUCCCAGAAGUUAGAGACUACAUAUGUUUCAUCUGCAGAAAUACAUUUAAAAUGGAACCCUCCACAGCAUUCCUCCUGUGCUCAUUUUCAUUAUUACCUUAUUAACAUUUUGGAUAGUGAAGCCAAUGCCUGGGAACAGUUACCGGUUGAAAAAAACAAGACAUCAACAGUAAUAGGAAAUAUAAAACCUUAUCAUCAGUACCAGCUAUAUUUGCAGAAUGUAGCAGAGAAAGGAACUCUAAGUUGCCAUGAAAAGCCUAUAUUAAUCACAACAGCUGUCAGUCCACCUACAGCUGUUUUUAUUCAGCCUGAGGAUGUGCAAGAAGAGAGUGUAAUCCUUCACUGGAAACUGUCACAAGAGGGUCAGGAGGCCUACAUUCAGGUGAAACCUAGUGCAGACAUUGGUGAAACUAAGAAGUUUCUAAUAAACAAUACAGAAGAAUUUAAGAUCGAUCUUCUAAUUCCUGGAAUGACUUAUGAAAUAGCAGUGGCAAGUGUGAAUAAUGGAAAUAUGAGUGAACUCAAGACUGUGCAAUGCACUUUAAAGCCCAAGCCUGUUCAAAUAGUAAUUCCUUUUGUGCUUUAUAGUAAUGCUGUGGUAUUAUUUGUUCGCAUGCCUGAUACUGGAGUAUUUGAUGGCAUACAUGUUACAAUGAAUGAUGGACAUAACAGAACAUUCAAUUUGAAAAGUGAUGGCAAAAUAACAGUUGAAAACCUUACUCCAGGAACAGAGUAUGAUUUCGGUGUCUUCACAAAAAGCAGAGAAAUGUUGAGCUCCUCUUACCAUGUAACUGGUGUAAAAACAUGCUUAGCAGCACCACUCAGUAUACAAGAAGGCAAUGUGACAGACACUUCAAUACAGAUUACUUGGGACCGUGCAGAAGGAGAUUUUCAGCAAUAUGAAGUCACAUGUACAAACUGUGCAAGUGCUUUCAGGGUCCAGAAAGUCAAGCAAGAAACAGCAACAUUUUCCAACCUUAUUCCUGGUAAGCUGUACAGCUUUACAGUUCGAUCAGAAAAGGAAGGUUUCAGAGAUAGUGUACUUGUUGCAAAGGAAAUAGAGACAGUACCAAGUGCAGUUAAGUAUCUGAACUAUAGCAGAGACUCUGAAUCAAUAACUGUUACCUGGCCACCAGCCCAAAGUAAAUUUGAUGGGUAUGUCCUAUCAAUAAAAAGCAAGAUCUUCAACAAAGAGAACAUGCUAUCUUCUGGUGUAAGAAUGUACAAACUUGAGGGACUUCUGCCAGGCACUGAUUUCUUGAUUAGUAUUGUGACAACCAGUGGACUAAAAAGAAGUCACCCCACCAUUCUCAAGGUUAACACCUGUCCUGAUCCACCAUCAGACUUGCAGGUGCUUGGGCAGGAAGAAAAUACAGUAUAUUUGUCUUGGAAACUACCAAGAGGAGGAUUUGAUAAGUUUCAGCUUUCAUAUUGUCUAAUGAAUAAUGAAAAGCCAUUUACCAGAACUGUCUAUGAUAGCAGAGCUGUAGUGAAAAAUCUGGCCCCCGGGAUGGAAUAUACAUUUCAGUUAAGGACAAUUAAAGGCUGGGAUUCCUCUGUGACUGUGGAGAAAAAUGUCAUCACAAAACCAGCUGGGAUCUGCAAUUUGGCAUUGAAAAUGGUAAAUACUUCCUCUGCUACUUUAAUGUGGAAUCCAACCAAGACUAACUUCACAUCUUACAAAGCAUCUUUGUCAAACAGCACCUUUAUGAGCAAGUUCGUGAUUCCAGGAGCAGUAUCUAACUUCAGUGUUACAAAUCUGACUGCUGGGGGUAUUUAUAAUUUCACACUGCGAAGACUGCAAGGCAAUGUUGAAGGAGCUCCCGCUUUCAUUGAAAUUGUAGCAGAACCUGCAAAACCAGAAGGACUUAAAUUCUUCAAUGUUUCAUCAGAUUCUUUUUCCCUGUAUUGGAGACUACCAUAUGGACAUGUAGACAGAUUUCGUGUGGAUCUUAUUCCUGACCAUGGAUCUGUUGUUAUCUUAGAUCUUGGAGUUAGAGAGUAUCAAGCUGACUUUUAUAACACUACACCUGGAACAACAUACAACGUUACAGUUUCUACAGUUUCUUCUUCCACAUACAGUUCACCUGCUGGUAGAACAGUGACAACAAAUGUCACAAAUCCUGGUCCCCCUGCAUUACUUGCAGGUGAAAGAGUUGGCUCUGCUGGAAUUCUGUUGUCGUGGAAUACACCACAGCAUCCAAAUGGGAGAAUUCUGUCCUACAUUGUUAAAUAUAAAGAGGUCUGCCCGUGGAUGCAAACAGCUUAUACACAGGUCACAACAAAGCCAGAUAGUCUGGAGGUUCUUCUUACCAAUCUUAACCCUGGAACAACUUACGAAAUUAAGGUUGCUGCUGAGAACAGCGCUGGUGUUGGAGUGUUUAGUGCUCCUUUUCUUUUCCAGACUGCAGAAAGUGCUCCAGGUAAAGUAGUGAAUCUCACAGUUGAAGCCUUAAAUUAUACAGCUGUAAAUCUGAUCUGGUUUCUGCCUCGACAACCAAAUGGAAAGAUAACUAGUUUCAAGAUUAGUGUGAAACAUGCAAGAAGUGGAAUUGUAGUGAAAGAUGUCUUGGUUAAAGUAGAAGACCUUCUGUCUGGGAGGUUACCAGAGUGUAAUGAUAACAGUGAAUCAUUUCUGUGGAGUACUACCACUCCUUCAACUACUUUUGGCAAGUCCACAGUUCCUUCAAGUACUACAGUUACAGCAAGUACAGAAGCAUCUAGUCAAAUGAGCUCUGUUUGGAAUGAGCCAAUUAGUUUUGUUAUAACUAACCUGAGGGCAUAUACCACCUAUCUUUUUGAAGUCUCUGCAGUUAACACUGAAGCAGGCUACAUUGACAGUGCGAUUGUCCGAACGCCGGAAUCAGUUCCAGAAGAUCCACCACAAAAUUUUGCCAAGAUUAACAUUACUGCAAAGUCUUUCUCAGUGAUGUGGGACCCACCAACCAUAGUAACGGGGAAAUUUAGUUACAGAGUUGAGCUGUAUGGGCCAUCUGGACAUAUUCUGGGUAACAGCACAAAAGAUCAUAAGUUCGUAUUUCAUAACCUUGUGCCAUUUACAAUGUAUGAUGUGUAUGUCAGUGCAGAGACGAGUGCUGGUGUGGGACCAAAGACAAACCUCACAGUUUUCACUCCUGCAGAUGUCCCAGGUGCUGUAUCAGAUUUACAUCUAGCAGAAGUGGAAGCUACAUACAUAAAAAUUGUUUGGAGAAAGCCACAACAACCAAAUGGAAUCAUUACCCAGUACAGAGUUAAAGUCCAUGUGCAAGAAAAAGAAGUUACACUGGAAAACAUAAUUCUCACUGGAAAAAAUAAGUAUUUAAUUGAUUCUUUGGAACCAUACAUGAUAAAUGAAAACAUUGAACCUUCUCCCACCUGGAAUUCAAUAGAAACAGCCAAUGAAUUAUAUGAAGGUUCAGGUGAAAUGUUUUCUAGUAUUCAGACAGCUUCCCCAGUGAUAUUUACAAGUGUGUCUGAUGAUCAUUUGCCUGCUAUAAAUGGACCUGCAGAAUUACAUUCUACUUUGGAUGAUCAGUAUGCCACUAACAUUUUGGGUGAAGAACUGUCGUAUGUUAUAAAGGGCCUUGUACCUUUCACAGACUACACAAUCAGUGUGUCUGCUUUCACUGCUGUUGGAGAAGGGCCACCAUCUGUUCUCACAGUCAGGACACGUGAGCAAGUUCCAAGCUCAGUGCAGACUAUAUCCUAUAAGAAUAUUAGUUCCUCCUCUGUUUUGCUGUAUUGGGAUCCUCCAGCAAAUCCCAAUGGGAAAAUCAUUCAUUAUACCGUUUAUGCGAUGGAGCUAGAUACAAAAAGAGCAUUCCACACAACAACUUCAAACAACAGCUUACUUAUGACAGGUUUAAAAAAAUAUACCAACUACAAAAUGAGAGUUGCAGCAUCUACCGUGAUUGGAGAAAGUGCUUUGNUGAAUGUCUCAGACUUUUUUGUUCUUUGAUUUCUUACUACAGAACCAGACUCCCCACCCCAAAAUGUAGAGAUAGUAAAUGUGACUGCAACAGAGAUAAACCUGAAAUGGUCACCACCUGAGCAGCCUAACGGUCUCAUAACUCACUAUGAAGUUCUAUACAGUGAUUCCAAUGAUUUAUUUGUGAGGAACACCUCAUCUACAAAUAUAUCACUUACUGAAAUGAUGCCUUAUACUCUCUACAACAUCUCUAUAAGGGCAUUCACUAGACUUGGCCAUGGGAAUCAGUCAUCUCUCCCACUUCUGGUGAGAACUUCUGAAACUGUUCCCAAUUCUGCACCAGAAAACAUAACGUAUCGGAACAUCUCAUCCACGGAAAUUGAGCUGUCAUAUUUUCCACCAUCCAUUCCCAAUGGAAUCAUACAGCGCUACACGAUAUAUCUCAAGAGGACUAAUGGAACCGAGGAAAGAGUUAUAAACACCACUCAUCUGGUACUACGUAUUACAGAUUUGAAGAAAUACACAGAAUAUAUGAUAGAAGUGUCUGCUAGUACCAUGUUGGGGGAGGGCCUUCAUAGUGUACCUCUGCGUAUACUGACUGAUGAGGAUGCUCCUAGUUCUCCUCCAGAAUCCCUCGCAGUAAAACAGUUGUCGGGUGUCACUGUGAAGUUGUCAUGGAAACCUCCACUGGAGCCAAAUGGAAUUAUCCUCUAUUACACAGUUUAUGUCUGGAAUAAAAUGUCAAAAAGGAGUGUUAAUGUAACAGAAACAUCACUGGAGUUCACAGAUCUGGAAAAUAACUCUGAGUAUAGUGCAUAUGUAGCAGCAAGCACAAGAUUUGGAGAUGGCAACAUAAAAAGUGAUACUAUAAUAUUCAGAACUUCUGAAGGAGCUCCAGGUGAUCCACCGAAAGAUAUUGUGUACAAAAACCUUACUUCCACAUCGAUAAUGCUUUUCUGGUCUCCUCCUCAAAAGCCUAAUGGAAAUAUACGGUACUAUUCUGUUUAUUUCAAAAAUGAUUCAGGAAUAUUUAUACAGAAUUUCACAAGUCAUGAUAAUGACAGCAAUGUCAAUAUGUCAUCUGCAGUUUUGGAUGAUUUGGCCAAAUACAGCCAUUAUACUCUAUGGUUAACUGCAAGUACAGCUUUUGGAGAUGGAAACAAAACCAGUGAAAUAAUAGAUGUGUACACAGAUCAGGAUAUCCCAGAUGGUCCUGUUGAAAAUCUGGUCUAUCAAAACAUUUCCUCAUCUUCUGUGAAUGUAAGCUGGCUUCCACCAUCCCAGCCAAAUGGUUUAGUCUUCUUUCAUGUUUCUCUAAGUUUAUUACAGUUGGGAACCAGUAAGAUAUUGUCUUUUCUUACUUACAAUACAAGCAUCAUUUUUGACAAUCUGGAGAAAUACACCGAUUACAUUCUGAAAAUCACACCAACUACUGAUAAAGGAUCUUCUGAACUGCAUGCUCUAAGUCUGCAUAUAAGAACUGAUGAAGAUGUCCCAGAAUCAGCACCUAUAAUCAAAACAUUUUCAAAUCUCUCAACUACCUCAGUUAUGCUUUCAUGGGAUCCUCCUGUUAAGCCAAGUGGUAUUAUAAUAAGCUAUGAUUUAAAAUUGUUUGGGUCAGAAAAGAAUGUUUCAUUCUCUACCACCAAUAAUUUUAUCAUCUUGGAAGACCUUGUACCAUCCACAUUAUACAGUAUUUACACAGCUGCAAGAACAAUAAAAGGAUCUGGUCCAUCUUCUGUUCUUCAUUUCUACACGGAUGAGUCAGUGCCAUUAGCUCCACCCCAGAAUUUGACCGUUACCAACUACACUGCAGAUUCUGUGUGGCUAAAAUGGGAUCCAAGUCCUCAGCCAAAUGGUGUUAUUACAAGAUAUAAUCUAAAGAUUUAUCACAACGACACUGAAAAAAUAUUCUCUCAGAAUAUUUCAGGUUCAAACAAUGAGGCAAAGCUCGAUGGAUUAAAACCAUUCAGCACUUAUUUUAUCAGUGUCUCUGCAUUUACCAAACUUGGGAACGGGAAUCAGUUCAGUAAUGCUGUCCAGUUUACAACAAUGGAAUCAGUACCAGAUGUUGUCCAGAACGCUCACUGUAUUGCGACAAGCUGGGAAUCGAUCUUCGUGCAGUGGGAGCCUCCUGCUUCAUCCAACGGUGUGAUUACCCAUUACGUUGUAACAGUUGAAGGAAGUUCUACAAUUUUUGCAUCUAAUAUUACACUGCAUACUUUCCAAAAUCUGCUUUCAAAUAUUUCUUACCAGUUUAAAAUAAAAGCUGCAACAUCUGCUGGUGACGGUGAAGAACAGAUAUGCAAUGCCAGUACACUUCCAGAAGAAGUUCCUAGUGCUCCCAGGGAUAUUGUUUUUUCCAACGUGCAAUCAACAAGUGUGACUUUGAAUUGGAGAUCACCGAAAUUGGUCCCUGGCUACUUUCAAAACUACAAGAUUACCACACAGCUACAGUCUAUCCACUGCAGUAAUUGGGAAACUCAGGAAUGUAUUGAAGAUGAGAUUCAUCAAUAUUUAUAUGAAAAAGCAGUCAAUGCCCAGAUAGAAGAGACGGUGUAUGGACUGAAAAAAUACAGAUGGUACAGAUUUGCAGUUGCUGCCAGUACGAAUGCUGGAUAUGGAAGUUCUUCUCCUUGGAUUUCUACACAAACACUUCCUGGCUCUCCAGAUGGUCCUCCAGAAAACGUGACAGUGUUAGCUACCUCUCCUCACAGUAUCAAUAUCAGCUGGAGUGAACCUGUUGUCAUUACUGGCCCAACGUGCUAUCUCAUAGACAUUACCUCAGUAGAUAAUGAAAAUUAUAAAGCCCAGUUUCUGAGGACGAAUGAUGAGGGUAAAAUCUUAGAAAUUUCUGAUUUAAAAGCAUUUACAAGGUAUUCUGUAGUAAUCAUUGCCUUUACGGGGGAUGUUAAUGCUGCAGCUAUUGAAGGCAAAGCUAGUUCUCCAGUAAUUGUCUCCACUUUUGAAGCAGUACCUGAAGACCCACCUAACAACGUAACAUUUCAGAAGAUACCUGAUGAAGUAACAAAGUUCCAAGUGACAUUUGUGCCGCCAUCUGAACCAAAUGGGAAUAUUCAGGUGUAUCAAGCUAUGGUGUACAAUGAAGAUGAUCCUGCUGCUAUCCGGAUCCACAACCUUAGUGUCAUUGAUAAAACAGAUCAGUCAGUCACUGCCAUGAUAGAAGGAUUGAAAGGAGGACAUACCUAUAAUGUCAGCGUGUAUGCAAUUAACGGUGCUGGUGCGGGGCCAAAAAUUCAAUUGAAAAUCACCAUGGAUAUCAAAGAACCACCACGGCCUAAAAAGAAACCAACACCUGUUUAUGAUACCAAUGGGGCCUUACUUGUCACAGCAACAACAAUCACGAUCAGAAUGCCAGUAUGUUAUUACAGUGAUGAUCAUGGACCUAUCAAGAAGAUACAAGUUCUUGUUGUGGAAGCUGGAGCUCAGCAUGAUGGAAAUGUUACGAAGUGGCAUGAUGCAUACUUCAAUAGACCAAGGCCAUAUUUUACAAAUGAAGGCUUUCCGAAUCCGCCAUGUGUAGAAGGAAAGGAAGAUAUGAGUGGUAAAGAAGAAAUAUAUGUUAUAGGUGCUGAUACUACAUGUAUGAUACCAGGCAGUCAAGACAAAAUAUGUAAUGGUCCACUGAAACCAAGAAAGCAGUACCUAUUCAAGUUCAGAGCAACUAAUGUUAAAGGACAGUUUACAGAUUCUGACUAUUCUGACCCUGUCAAAACUUUAGGUGAAGGGCGGUCAGGAAGAUCUGUGGAAGUUAUCCUUGCAGUUACUUUGUGUAUACUUUCAGUUGUUCUUCUGGUGGCUGCAGUCUAUGCUUUUGCAAGAAUUAGGCAAAAGCAAAAAGAGGGAGGGACAUACUCUCCACGAGAUGCUGAAAUUAUUGACACUAAGUUCAAACUGGAUCAGUUGAUUACAGUGGCAGACCUGGAGCUGAAGGAUGAGAGAUUUACACGAUACUCUUCAUUUUUCUUUAGACGCAAGGAGAUAUUUGUCAUCCAGUUACUUAGUUAUAGAAAAUCCAUCAAGCCAAUAAGCAAGAAAUCCUUCCUACAACAUGUUGAAGAGCUUUGUACAAACAACAACCUAAAGUUUCAGGAAGAAUUUUCGGAACUUCCUAAGUUUCUUGAAGACCUUGCUUCAACUGAUGCUGAUCUGCCUUGGAACAGGUCUAAGAAUCGUUUCCCAAACAUUAAGCCAUAUAAUAACAACAGAGUAAAGCUGAUGCCUGAUGCUGGUAUUCCUGGAUCUGACUACAUUAAUGCCAGCUAUGUAUCUGGAUACUUAUGUCCAAAUGAAUUUAUUGCAACUCAGGGACCGUUACCAGGGACAGUGGGUGAUUUCUGGAGGAUGGUGUGGGAGACUAGAGCAAAAACUUUAGUGAUGCUUACACAGUGUUUUGAAAAAGGACGGAUAAGAUGCCAUCAGUACUGGCCAGAAGACAAUAAACCAGUGACUGUGUUUGGGGAUAUAGUAAUUACUAAAUUGGUGGAAGAUAUUCAAAUAGACUGGACCAUCAGAGAUCUAAAAAUUGAAAGGCACGGAGACUGCAUGAUGGUACGGCAGUGUAACUUUACUUCGUGGCCAGAACAUGGAGUCCCUGAAACUACUGCACCAAUUAUCCACUUUGUAAAACUUAUCCGUGCAAGUCGAGCACACGAUAAUACGCCGAUGGUGGUUCACUGCAGUGCUGGUGUUGGAAGAACAGGUGUUUAUAUUGCUCUCGACCAUUUAACACAACAUAUAAAUGACCACGAUUUUGUGGAUAUCUAUGGCCUUGUAGCUGAGUUAAGAAGUGAAAGAAUGUGCAUGGUCCAGAAUCUGGCACAAUAUAUCUUUUUGCAUCAGUGUGUCCUGGAUCUGCUGACAAGCAGGGGAAGUAGCCAACCAAUAUGUUUUGUAAAUUAUUCAGCACUUCAAAAGAUGGACUCUCUGGAUGCCAUGGAAGGUGAUGUGGAGCUUGAAUGGGAAGAAACUACCAUGUAA